UGGGCGGUGAUGCGGGUGCAACCAGCUGACCCCGCCAGCUGAUGUGUCGUUUCAAGUGCGGAUCGUGGCCGCGUUGGCAUGCGAGUUCCGGGGCAUAAGAACCAGCCGGAAGGUCGCCCACAGGCCCAGGAAUGGAGCAGAUUCCUGGAUUCAGGAUGCCGCCCGAAGCCAUCGAGAGGGGGAUUCACGGAGGCGUUCGUGACGGGGAAUCGCGCCGAGCCCUGGCCGCUGACUCAGCCCCGCCUGCGGUUAGCGUGACCGCGCCGUACGUCAUCCGUCGUGAGGGCUCCAGACUCCAUUCUCCAUUCUCUCGUCGCUCGACUGGAUGCACCCCUGCUGGCGCUCUGUUCGGCUGCUGCGGCCGUCUCUGCCAUCCCUAGCCGUCCCCAUGUCCACUGCUGCGCCCGCCGAUCAGGGCCUUGCCUUUACUGGCACUCCCGAUCUCACCAAGGACGCCCUCUGGCGCUUCCCGGCCUUCCGCAUCUGGCUGUCCACCCUCCAGCGCUCGCUCGACCAACAGCGCAACCCAUCCCACGAAUUCUUCAAGGACCCCUACGUGCUACGCAAGAUCGAUGUGCAGGCCGUCGACUUCUUCGGCGGAGGUCGUUUGGGAUUCGUGAAGUUGAAGGCCGGCGUGUCUAACUCCAGCGGGGAAUCGCUCCCGGGCAGCGUCUUCCUGCGGGGAGGCAGUGUAGGAAUGCUGCUUAUUCUCCAGCCCGACGAUGUGCCGCUGUCAAGCGAAGACGAAAAGCGCGCCAUUCUCACCGUCCAGCCUCGGGUUCCUGCCGGGUCACUUGCAUUCUCCGAAAUCCCUGCCGGUAUGCUCGACGACAGCGGGUCCUUCGCCGGCGGCGCAGCGAAGGAGAUCCAGGAAGAGACGGGGCUGGUCAUUCCUCAGGACGAACUCAUAGACAUGACCUCGCUAGCGUCGCAGUUGACCGCCCGAUCGGAAAAUGAAGAAACACUCCAAGACGCAGUCUACCCAUCGGCAGGGGGAAGUGACGAGUUCAUUCCUUUGUUCUUGUGUCAAAAGCACAUGCCACGGGGUGAAAUCGACGCAUUGCAGGGCCGACUGACGGGAUUGCGACAGGAAGGGGAGAAGAUCACCUUGAAAAUCGUGCCGUUGAAGGACUUGUGGAAAGAAGGAUUGCGGGAUGGAAAGACUCUGGCAGCUUGGGCCUUGUACAAGGGACUCCAAGGGGAAGGACGUAUAUGAUCACCAGGAUUUGAAUCACCUCUAUCGAUUUCUAUCCAAAUGCAGUCAUGGCAGCUAUUCGUCUAAGGGGUGAAUCAUCGACACAAAACUUUACAACUUCCACUUCUUCGCGAGCUCAAUUCCCUCGGCGAUCGUCCCCACUCGUGCAUCAAUGGCGUAACCCUCCGCCUCUAGCUUCUUCAGCUCCUCGAACAAGGUCGAUAACGGAGCGCUGAAACACUCGAUGAAUUCGUUAUCUUCGAGCUGCGGCUUGGGGUUCUGGUUCUCGGGCAGAGACAUGUCCACCCGCACGUGGACCAUGUUCAGAUUCGUGUUGCAGAAUCCAGGAU